GCGCCAGGAUGUCGUCGACACCGCGCACCCAUGCACACCCAACAAAGCGCAUGUCGUCCAGCUCUUCCCCACAUUCUGCCCAUCAGCCACACCAGGCCGCGAGCAGGAUGAGCGUCGAGUGACGUUGUUCCGCCACCCGCUUGACCAAGUUUUGCUGCCAUUCGCUGCAAGCAUUCAAAUACACGCGACGGAGUAGGUGGUCAGCCACAGGCGCCUCUUUCCUCUCUCUCCAAUCCGCCUCUCUUCAGCCUUGUCUUGUAUGCACAUGAAGUCUGCUCGCAAUGGCAGACUUGCAGCUCAUUCCCGCUCGCCAUGCCACGGCCACUUUUGUCCCAGCAGGCCAAGUCAUCAAGAUAGUCAAUACCUCCGGCACCCAAGUCAUCGAUACAUGGGCCUUUGCACUGCCCAAACCUGACCCCAAACCGGAAGGGCAACAACAGGAUCAAGGCCAGGUUGACGAGGAACAGCAGGCCAAAAAGACCUCCAAGCAACGCGCUUCCCAGCCGACCGCUUCCAAGACCAGCAAAAAGCCUGCUGAUCUACCCAGUCAAGAAGAGGCUGAGAAGGCGACGCAGCAGGCGCGGGCGGAAGAAGACAAUGCCCAACCAGCGCAGAGCUCCACCUGGGCAUCCUACGUGCCCACCAAGAUCUGGCCCUUGUCGAAAGGCGAUGCUUCCAAAGAGAGCAGCGCAGACACGGAGACGGAGCAACAAAAGAACUCCCGCACGUGGAGCUCCUACUUCCCCUCCGGCAAGGGCAUCAGUAACUACAUCCCCGGAACUGCAAAGAACACAGUAUCUGGCUUUGCUUCCCUGCACAAGCGCGAUCCCAACAAGAGUUACAUGGAACAACUGCAGGACUUCUCGCGCACGCCUGUCGGAGCAGCAGGCCUCGCAGCUCUGACGGGUUCGGGCUGGGGCGGCUCGACCUUUGCCGGCUAUCAGGCCUGGAACGCGCAGAAUGCGGCCAAUGCGGCGCCGAUGGAGUACAUGAGCAUGCAACACACCCGCGCCGCCACGUUGCAUUUGCGGCCCAAGGUCAACGAUACCUUCGUCUCCAACUUUCGCGAGCCACUUCUGACCUUGAUUGAGGACUCCUCGUCCGGCAUUCACGACACGUUGAUUCCGGCGUGUGAUCCUGCGAGGUACAAAGGCCUUGGGGUGGAGAAUUGGGAGGAGCACGGUUCCUGCGCCGAGAACCUUGUGUUGGCCCUCGAGGAGCUCAACAAACGCGCUGGCCUCAAAGGUGCAAAAGGCGUCGGCGCCGAUCUCACAAUCAACUCCGUCCCCGCGCCCCUGAACCUCUUCAUGAACAUCCCGUGGGACGAGGCUGGCGACAUCGACUUUGCGAAGCCACAGUGCAAGAAGAACGAUUUCGUGCGUCUCAAAGCCGAGCGGGACGUGGUGGUCGUCAUGAGCGCUUGUCCGCAAGACAUAACCGACGUCAACAAUAAGGAGCCGACCGACGCGCACUUUGUCGUCGAGGGCGAAGAGGAUGCCGCGCCCGCGAUCAAACGGACACAGCACACACGAAAAAGGCCGCCGCCACGCAAGAUCAGCUCGUCGCAUGCCACCUCUACGCAGGGGACAGAGACGGGCGCGCCGGCGUCUCAGCGGCCACCGGCACCGCAAAGGAAAACCGUGGCCCAGAAGCAGCAGCCGACAGCGGCCCCAACGCCGGCAGCGAAGCCAGCAUCGACGGAUGCGCCAAAGAAGAAACCCGUGCCUCCCCCCGUGGCACCGCAGAAGAGGGCUGCCAAUCCCACGGGGGGAUCUGGACAGGCCAAGCCCGGUCCUGCGCCCGCUACGGUAGAGAAGAAAAAGCCUCGGAAGUUGAACGCGAUAUCGAGGACUGCAACUUAGUGUCAUGGUUCGAGAAUACAAGAGGCGUGUGUGAGGUCAAUAGUCAGCAAGUCUAGUACUGCACUGAAUCCGGGCAGUGUUCUAGUCAACUGUCGGGCUGACUAUUAGAGUGCAGCGCGUCACGCGUGGGCCAAUCAGUUCGCAGUCCAUGGCACUC